AUGGCUGUCGAGAUACUCUCACCAACCACACCAAUGGCGUUCCCCUCUCAGGUCAAACCUAACCACACGAAAGGAAAUUCGACCGAUACACCUUCAACGACUUCUUCCCCCACGCUGAGCUCAUACGAAUCAUCCGAAGUUGAAAUUAGUGAUGUUCACUCAGAUAUCGAUAAUGUAAUAUCAGCUGAAAAAUUGAAAGAAAUCGAAAGGAUGGAAAGUAAUCCUGAUUUCUUGUGGAUGACAACUGAAGAACCGCAUAGAAGUAGAAGAAUGGCUAUUUUGAAAGCUCAUCCCGAGGUUCGGAAACUCAUGGGACCUACUUCACUCACUAUUCCUAUAGUCUUUCUCGUCUUGACUAUUCAAUUCACCGCCGCUUACCUCUUACGUUCUCAUCAUCCUUUCUCACUUCCAUUCCUGCUUACAGCCUAUGUGGUAGGAGGGACAGCGAACCAAAAUAUUUUCUUGUCAAUCCACGAAAUCACUCACAACUUGGCAUUUAAAUCAAUAAGGGCUAAUAAGAUCUUAGCUAUCAUAGCGAAUUUAUCAAUUGGCGUACCAUACGCCAUGGCAUUCAAAGGGUAUCACAUUGAACAUCAUAAAUUCUUAGGUGAAGAUGGAAUUGACACUGAUUUACCAAGUAAAUUAGAAGCUAUCAUACUAGACAACGUAUUUGGGAAAACAUUUUUCGCUACUUUUCAAAUCCUAUUCUACGCUCUCAGACCUGGUUUUAUCAGAUCACAAAAACCUACAAUCUGGCACGGGAUAAAUCUUAUCUCAAUCUUAUUUUUUGAUGCUCUUUUAGUCAAAACUUUGGGUUGGAAACCUUUGAUCUAUUUGAUAAUGAGUAGUUUCUUCGCUGGAUCAUUACACCCUUGCGCGGCUCAUUUCAUAGCUGAACAUUAUCUAAUGAAUGGUCCUCUACCCACUAAAGAAGAUCAAAAUAAAACUGGUUUGAUCAAUGGCGAUGAGCAUCAAGAUUGGUUAAUCAAAGGAUUAGCUCAAGAAACUACAAGCUAUUACGGGUGGUUGAAUAUCUUAUGUUACAAUGUGGGAUAUCACAAUGAACAUCACGACUUCCCUUCUGUCCCAUGGACUAAACUACCUCAAUUACGUGAAAUGGCUAGAGAGUACUAUGAUCCGUUACCUCAACAUAAAUCAUGGCCUUAUGUGACUUGGAAAUUCAUCACAGAUCCAAGUAUCGGAAUGUGGUGUAGAGCUAAAAGGACAAGUAAAGGUGAAAAGAUCGAUCAUUCCACUUGGUCAUCUGCCAUUAUCCGAGAGGACCAAGCUACUCAGGUUAUGGAAGAACUGGUAGAAGAAGAAGAGGAGGAAAUCGCUUACAUGAGCGAUUCGGGUGAUUGUAAAAAGAAAAACAAACUAGAAUAA